AUGGGAAUCAUGGAAAUUGUAAGCUUGGCACGGGUCCCCUCCAUCCUGAUGAUGGGGGUGGUUUAUGUGGUCUAUGUGCUGAUCGGGGGGGUAAUCUUCUGGAAGCUGGAGGGACAACUUGGAAAGGAGGAUAUUAGUCGCAUACUGGCGGAUAAAAAGCAGUUGUUGAAGACCUACACCUGUCUUAACCAGGAUGGCCUUGACUCCGUGAUUGAGGUAAUUCAAGAUGCAUCCAAGGCUGGGAUGAGUAUAAAAGGAAACCAUACUACUGAUGGCUUCUGGAGGUUUACCAGCUCAGCUGUGUUUGCUGCCACUGUGGUCACAACUAUAGGCUAUGGGAACAUGAGCCCCAGGAGCACGGCUGGUCAGAUUUUCUGCGUGUUCUUCGCUCUGUUUGGUAUCCCGCUCAACGUGGUGGUGCUCAACAGGGUGGGCAAAUACAUGCUAGUAAUAGAGAGGAGCCUCUGCGACUUCCUCCAGGGAAAGACCAAACACAGGCGUUGCGCCCGGUUCUUCGUUCACCUGGUGUCUUACCUGUGUGGCACAGCUCUCUUCUUCAUCGUGCCCAUGAUUUUGUUUAAGGAACAUGAGGGCUGGACGUACGCCCAGGCCAUCUACUACUGCUUCAUCACCCUCAGCACCAUUGGCUUCGGAGACUACGUGGCAGACAAUAAUCCAGAUAAAGUCUAUCCAGAGUGGUACAGCUUCAUCAUGGCCUCGUGGAUCUUCUUUGGCCUCGCCUGGUUAGCCCUCAUCAUUAACCACACCACCGACACACUGGAGCGGGUCAAUGGCCACCUCAAACGACGGUGGGGCGGCCUUGAGACGAGCAACGAGUCGGGCCAGCCAGAGCGUGACAACCGUGAGACUCGCGGGCAGGCCGAAGAGGAAAGCAAGAAGCCCCCUGACAACUAA